GAUUAUCACUGACUCUUCCAAAUUUGAUUUCGCAAGCUGACUCUCUGAAGCCAUGGCGAUUCUGCUCAGAUCAAUUCUCAAAAACGAAACUUUGUUUAAAGCUCUCUCGAAACCUCAGUUUGUCUCGCCUUUGAUUGUCUCCAGAAACUUUACAUCGGAAGAAGCUCAUAAGAAGCCACUCUCUGUUUUCUUCGAAGAGGCUGUUGGAUUGAGACCCAAAUCAGAAACGAGCGAAAUCGAAGAAGAGGGCAACGAAUUGAAGAGAAAGCUUUUGGAAUUGGAGAGGAAACUCAUUGAACUGAAGAAAUCGGAACCUGUGAGAAAGAAGAAACAGAAGGGGAGGAUUGUGAUAUCAGAGAAAACAGAGCAAAACGAGAAAAGAAAUAAUCUUUACAAGUUGUUUAAGGGAGAUGAAGAGAAGGAGAUGAAGAAACAUAGUAGGGAAAAGGAGGACGUGAUUAGGGUUUAUAAGGAGCUUCCUAUAGAGAUGGUUUCGUUUGUGAGGCUUUUGCAUAAAGAAGGGUAUUUGAACAAGGCUAAUUUCAUCACUGGAGAAAAGUUGGAUAUGGGGAAUCUUGAUGAAGAGUAUGCUAGAACUUUUGUUAAGUUUGCUGCCGAAAGAUUUGGAAAGGAUUACCAGGAAAUAGCAAAGUGGUUAUCAGGUAGCGACCUGAAGACGAUUGUGCUCUUUGGUUGCCCGAGUUUGGAAAAAAGGGCGGUAUUCGCUGCUAAAACAUUGCGCAACUUUUUUGAUAUCCAUGAGAAUAAUGUGUGUGAGAAAUGCGUGUUAAAAGAGAAGUGCAAGUUUCCAAACCAGAGUGUAUGGGAUGGCAAAACAAAGCACUUGCACUUGUCUGUUGUGAUGAAAGUCAUCACACUAUAUCCAUUGGACUUGACUCAUCCGAAGCUACAAGUUCCUCAAGAGUCCUUUGAUGAAUUCUCCGAGUUUGUCUCGCAUGUGGAUUUGAAUACCGAAGAAACAAUGUCUGUGGAAAGAUCUUUUGAAGCUUGGGAAGAAGUUCAGAGACAUGGACAAGACUUAGCUGACAGACUUGCUCAGGGUUUUAACGGUUUGGUUCAAAUCAACCCACCUUCAUUUCCAUGGCCAAAUCAUCAUAAUUCGAAGCUAUUCGAUCUUGAGUUCUCAGGUCAGCAUUUCGGGAUUAAGGAUUCUAAGUUUUCCAUCCACCAACCCAUCGAUGGCGUUUCGGCUAUUCUUGAUAUUGGGAACAAGAUUGGUCAAGCUGGUGUUGAUUUUGGCGCUGGAUUGAAUGUGAUGGUUCAGCAAUUCUUCAGAAGGUUACCUGUACCGUUCCGACAUGACGAGAACCCGUCUGUUUUUACUGAGAGAGAUACUGUCAGGAGGAGCCAUAAGGCUUAUGUUGACACAAAAGAGGACUCAAGGCUUUCUAAGACAGAUACUGCUUCCUCUGUUACUGUGUCUGAGGAGAAAGUUACAGAAUUCGAUUUAAGGACUAUUGGAUUACAUAGGAGACCAAAGGGAACGGUUGAGCUAUCAUCAAGUUAUGAAAGUAGAACAAGUGAUAUGGAACAUUCGUUAGCAGCCAGGGGAGAUCUUUGGAGAGUAGAAGCUUCUACUUCAAGUUCCCCUGCAAGAGAUGAUAGCUCAUCUCUCUUUCUACUCCAGCUCGGACCUCUGCUAUUUCUGCGCGAUUCAACUCUUCUUUUACCUGUUCAUUUAUCAAAGCAACACAUACUCUGGUACGGGUAUGAUAGAAAGAAAGGUAUGCAUUCACUGUGUCCAGCUUUGUGGUCAAAGCAUCGAAGAUGGCUUAUGAUGUCAAUGCUCUGCCUCAAUCCUUUAGAUUGCUCAUUUGUAGACUUGCAGUUCCCAAAUGGACAAUUAACAUAUGUAUCUGGUGAGGGAGUGACGACUAGUGUCUUUGUUCCUUUAUGCGGCGGUCUUCUUCAAGCGCAAGGUCAAUAUCCAGGGGAGAUGAGAUUUAGUUUCUCUUGCAAGAGUAAACAGGGAACACGAAUCACACCAAUGGUAAAUUGGCCUGACAAAUCAUUCGCAUUGGGUGUUUCUCAAGCCUUGGCUUGGCGUAGGUCCGGUCUCAUGUUGAAACCUGCAAUUCAACUUAGCGUGUGCUCUACAUUUGGUGGAAGCAAUCCCGGGAUUAAAACCGAAGUUAUUCACUCGUUGAAUGAUCACAUCAAUAUGAUAUGUGGCUGCGCAUUCACAGCUCAUCCUUCAGCAUUUGCAUCUGUUUCACUUGGCCGGUCCAAGUGGAAUGGGAACAUUGGACGAACAGGAAUAGUUGUUAGAGCUGAUACUCCUCUUCCAAAUGUUGCUCGACCUUCUUUCUCCAUUCAGAUUAACAAUGCUUUCGAGUUCUGAAAAUAAGUAAGGGCAAGUUUUUGGUUUGUGUAGUCUCGUCAAAAGGCUGAACUGUAUAUAGUAAAUCAAACUCGUCAAU